CAUGUUCGGGUCAGGUGGCUUUGAGGAUUGCAUUUCCUGAAUGACAAGUCUGGAUGACAAGAGUCAAGUGAUUUGAUCAUGAACCAUGUCAAUCCAGUUUGUGGGGUUGACUGAGGCUGACAAGGACCUUAAAGCAGACUUGCGAGAGAACUUAGAAAAGACAUGUCCAACAACAGCACAACUAGCAUGAGGCAGGCAAUGGUGGUUAUAGCCACAGGGGAGGAAUGGUCUCUCUUAAAACCUCUGCUGCAGGACAAUUUUGGAGAUGAAUAUCACCAGUUAACCUUUCGUUCUGAUGGACCAACUCAAGUCUGUGACAUAACAGUGGAUGGUGUCUCCACCAGCUUAUACUUUACCGAUUUGAAGCAAAAUAUGACAGCACAGGACAUCAGUCAGGCUCUUUAUGGUUGCUAUAAGUUGUGCUCCAGUGGAAACAUUACAUUUCUGCUCUUGAUCCAAGGUGGACAUUACACAAAGAGCCAAAGACGAAUGAUUGAGAUCCUGCAGGUGGACUUUGGAGCUGAUGUUUUAAAAUACCUCAUUGUCCUGUCUCUGGAUGACGGACACAUUGUUGACACAUUGGAUGACACUCUUCUGGAGUUGAUAAACACAUGCGAUGGCAGAUACUGCCACAUCACUUCAUCUUCAACAAAAGAAAAGCUACUUGCACUCAUUGAGAUGGCCAACUAUGUAUUGAAAGAAAACGGUUCCAGCGGUUACACUGAAAACAUGCUGAGCAAUGCAAAGAAAAGGAACAUGGAGGACUCAGCUAUGAGAAUGCUGAAGGAGAAGCUCCAAGAAGCCGAGCAGAAGGAGCAGGCCUUCAUUCAGGAAACACGACUGCAAGAAGAGAGAAGGGCCAGAGAGGUGAAGGAGCUGGAGAAGAAGCAUGCUGAAGAACGGAAGGAAGAAGCAGCUGAAAGAACGGUGUAUGUAACAAAGCGAGAGAACCUUGAGGAGGCUGUGAGAAGCCACAGAGCUUCCCUACAGCUGCUGAUACACCGUGUUGAAGAUGAAACCAGUGAAAUGUCAGUGGUCCUGUUGGGCUUGUCUGGCAGUGGGAAGUCUUCUGCUGGAAACCUGAUUCUACAGAGGGCAGCUAGUCAAUACUCCAUCAGUGAUCCUUUUCAGGAUCCUAUUCAGCCAACCAUAGCCUGUGAAAGGAAGGAAUUGAUUGCAGCAGGGAAGAAACUCAUCGUGGUGGACACCCCUGAGCUGUGGGAUGAGGACGGUGUGGAGGAUUUAGAGUUGGUGAAGGACUGUCUGGCUCUAGCCCUCCCAGGACCCCACGUCUUCCUGCUGGUGCUCCAGGUGGGACGCUUCACCCAAGGCGAGAGCGAGAUGUUGGGUCACCUGCAGAAAAUCUUUGGAAGAGAGUUUGCAGAGCAUGCCAUUGUCCUGUUUGUCCACUUUGAUAGCAACCAGCACAGGCCUCAAAAGAUCAACGACUACGUAACCAGUGCCCAUUUGAGUCUUCAGGAUCUGCUCCGGAAAUGCGGAAGCCGCUAUUAUGAGCUGAAUGUUGCAAAGUCCCACAAUGCUUUGAGCUAUCCUCAGGUCAAAGAGCUCCUGUCAGGGGUCAACAAAUUGGUUGCUUCCCAUGGGGGAAGCUGCUUCUCAAGUAGAAGGUUUUCUGUGCAGGAGCUGAAGGAGAGGAAGAAAACGUUAGAGGAGAGAAAGGAGGAGGCAACGGAAGGAAAUUAUUUAUUAAGAGAUAGUUGAUUUUUUUAU